GCGGGUCGUUGGCUCGCAACCCAAAACGCGUCUCCCGACCUAUCAGCUAUACUUACAAACUUCAAUCGCCCACUUCAACAAGCCAGUUAUAGUUCGCCUCGCCCCCCCACCAUAUCUCGGCAGAGUGAGAAAGAACUUUUAACCAUGGAGCAUACGUAUGAAAUUUCUGACUCUGACAGCGGCGCAAACGAAGAUGAGGAACGUCAAAUUGCGGAGGCCAUUCGGCUCUCUUUGCUCGAGUCCCCACACCCUCCAGCACAAGGAGAUGCGUCAGGCUCAAGGGAUCCUCAACGAGGAGCUAAAAAACGCAAGAUGGACGUUAUUGAAAUCGUAUCCGACGACGAGGAAGAUGACGGCAUCCUGGACGGCAUCAAUGCUACGAGAAAGGCGCCAAAGGCGAGUGACAAUUCCUCCGUGAGAGCUCGUGCGGUUGGCAUUCCUGGUGUGAAUGGCCCAGCAAUAGUAUUAGAGCCGGCUGACGGACUCCUGCGAAUGAUUGGAAAUAGAGCACAGAUGGAGAGAGAGCGUUUGGCAAGACUGGCUGAAUUGAAGAGAUCACCACCGGAGUUUGGUUUGCUCCUGGACGGGGCUGCUCCGGAGGCUCCGAAACCUGCUGAGGCUGCCGGUAGACUGAGCUGUUUCUUUGGUGGAGGUUCCGUUCCAAACAAAGCUUCCGCAUUCGAGCCCUCCGGAUUUUCUGCGGACAAUAGGAAGCAGAUAAACACUCGCGGUACCCGUCAGUCGGGGAAUGAUAGCGAUUCUCCCGAUGCUACUCCGAGGUUUCUUCAAUAUCCUAACGGCGUUGUCAGGAAGACCUGGGCGGACGGAUACCCUAAAACCGAUACUGAGAUUACGUUUGAGGAGGUUCUUCAAAAGGAGUCUCUUUGUGUGGCUGUUCUCUCCGCUUUUCAAUGGGAUAUCGAUUGGGUCCUCAAGAAGCUCCCCUUGGACACAAUUCAGAGGCUUGUGAUGGUUAUGCAUGCUAAGGAGGAACAAGACCGGAGUUAUAAGGUUCAGCAACUCGGUAGUUUGCCAAGGACGACAUUAGUCCUCCCGCCAAUGCAGGGACAGGUGAGCUGUAUGCAUAGCAAGCUCAUGUUAUUGUUCCAUAUGAAUGGCGACCAAAGGUGGUUAAGAGUUGCUGUUCCGAGCGCAAAUCUUACGGACUACGACUGGGGAGAGCUGGGCGGCGUCAUGGAAAAUACAGUUUUUAUCAUAGACCUCCCCCGGCUUCCAAAACCAAACCAUAACCAAACACAUUUUGCAAAAGAACUACAUCAUUUUUGUGCCGCUAAAGGGAUGCCUGAGGAUGUCUUGAACGGCCUCUAUCGAUACGAUUUUAGUAGGACGAAGGACAUGGCUUUUGUUCAUUCGAUAGGAGGAAGCAAUGCAGGCAAGGACUGGCGCCGUACUGGGUACUCUGGUUUAGGCACUGCUGUGAAGGCACUUGGACUUUCGUCCGGCCCAGGUUUGGAAUUUGAUUUUGUGACUUCCUCUCUAGGUGCUGCGAACAUGGGGUUUAUAUCCAACAUGUACCGGGCUGCGAUGGGCGAUGAUGGCCUCAAAGAGUUGCAGCGUUGCUCAAACAAGUCCGUCAAGGGUGCUAAGAAGAAGAGCGUAUUGGUCAUGGGUGACCAAAUCACAGACGGUGAUUCGGAAACUGGGUUUGACGAGGAGACUAACCAGGAACGGAUCAUGAAUCACGUUCGCAUUUAUUUUCCAUCCUACGAGACUGUUCGCCUUAGCAAGAAGGGGUUUAACUCGGGAGGUACAAUUUGUUUUAAUUCUUCUUGGUGGGAUUCUCCGACCUUUCCAAGGUCAGUGAUGAGGGAUUGCGUUAGUGUUCGAGAUGGGUUGUUGAUGCAUAAUAAGAUGCUGUUUGCCCGUCCCUCGAGACAACUACAAGCUUCCGCCGGGAAGCGAAAGCGCAUGGUAGGGAAAACUAGUCAUCGAUAG